AUGUCAACAGAUUCAGAAAAUAUAUUUAGAGAACUGUUUAAUAGUUGGAAUAAUAGAUCUAAUAAUACAAAUAAUAGACCCGUAUUAACUGAAUGGACGGAUUAUUUCAAAUCCAGUGCAAAUGAUUUAUAUACUAGGCUCCCAACUUCAAUUCAAGAUUUAAAUAAACAACAACAAGAAGAAGAACCAUCAUGGUUUAAAUUAUCUAGAUUAGAAAAAUUAAUUGGUUUUACUUGUUGUUUAUCUGCAUCUAUUUUAUGUUUUAUAUUAUGUUUUUUCAUGUUUCCUAUCUUAGCAUUAAGACCAAGAAAAUUUGGUCUAUUAUGGACUGGUGGGUCAAUUUUAUUUGUUCUAUCAUUUGGUAUAUUACAGGGACCUUACAGUUAUAUACGACAUCUAUUAUCAAAAGAAAGAAUUGUUUUCACUGUUAUAUUUUUUAGUUCAAUUUUAUUAACUUUAUAUAGUUCAGUCAUUUUAAAAAGUAGUAUAUUGACUAUAUUCACUAGUAUUGUUGAAAUAUUGGCGGUCAUUUAUUAUACUGUUAGUUAUUUCCCUUUUGGUGCUACAACUUUGACAUUUUUUUCAAGUUAUAUUGUUGGUUAUAUAGGUGGUUUAAUUGGCGGUAUAUUGUAA